CAUGCCAAGAAGUUCCUCAAACCCAACGGUAACAUGUUCCCCACUCUAGGUGACGUCCACCUGGCUCCCUUCACAGAUGAACAGUUAUACAUGGAACAGUUCACCAAGGCCAACUUCUGGUAUCAGCCAUCGUUCCAUGGUGUUGAUCUGUCAUCGCUGAGAGAAGCUGCAGUAGACGAGUACUUCAGACAACCCAUUGUGGACACCUUUGAUAUCCGUAUCCUCAUGUCCAAGUCUGUCAAAUACACUGUCAACUUCCUGGACGCGAAAGAGGGGGAUCUGCACAGGAUGGAGAUUCCCUUUAAGUUCCACAUGAUGACAUCAGGUCUGGUCCAUGGUCUGGCCUUCUGGUUUGACGUGGCUUUCAUCGGCUCAGCGGUAACAGUGUGGCUCUCCACCUCUCCUACGGAGCCUCUGACCCACUGGUACCAGGUCCGCUGUCUGCUCCAGUCCCCUCUCUUCACCAAGGCAGGAGACACCCUGUCUGGCACUGCAACACUCAUCGCUAACAAGAGACAGAGCUAUGACAUCAGUAUGGUGGCCCAGGUGGACCAGACAGGAAGCAAGUCUAGCAACCUGCUGGAUCUCAAGAACCCAUUCUUCAGGUACACAGGCAGCACGUCAGCCCCGCCCCCAGGCUCUCACUACUCCUCCCCCUCAGAGAACAUGUGGAGCAAUGGAGGAGUCUACAACAUGAACCAGGGAGGGAUGCCUGCCGUGUAUGACCUCAGUACGGUCAUCGGUGGCGGAGGCUCCACCGUGUCUCACAACAAUCUCAUCCCUCUUGGAGUGACAACUGGACAAUCGGGGCCCGGCAACAGUCCUCAAUACCCAAUCAACAACAGCCAGUUCACCAUGGGCGGGCCUUCCAUCUCCAUGUCGUCUCCCAUGGCGAUGCCUAGCAACACUAUGCACUACGGGAGCUAAGACCUACCAACCGUCCGUAGCUCCCCCACCCCCUCUUCUCUCCUACCCCCCCUCUUCUCUCCCUCCCUCCCACCCCCCCUCCUGGAAGGAAACCAAACUGGACUGAUAAUAUGGACGUGCCUCUCCUCCCUUCACCCCUCCGUUCUCUGGUUCCUGAUGUCUCCGGCCCAG